AUGGACGAAGCGUCGAAGCAAGUGGACCAGUAUGGUCGUUUACGAGAAGCUGCACACCAAUACUUUUGUAGUCGAAACGGAGAGUUGGGGAAGCACCCUCAUGUACUCCUGGAUCUUAUUGUCACUUCAGCAAACACAGACGACGAGGUGCCGGUAGCCUUCUUGUGCAAUGGGGAAUCGCGAAAUCUGAAAGAGCUGCAGCUUGCUGUGUUCCUGCAGGCAUCUGUCCAAGGCCAGCGACUUUGCAAGCACUAUGGGUUCGAAACUAUCAAUACGGUCAAGUUCAGUCGUGCAAACUACAGGCUUACAAGAACAGAAGUCAUGUCUGUAAUGAUUUGA